GACGGGCGAGACCGCGGAAGCUGGACGGGGAAGCCUCGCUGCGCCCGGGAAGCAAGCGGGGAUCGGAUCAUGACAAAGCUGCUUCAGUGGCUUGGAUCUUUGGCCCUCCUGGGUGGCAUCUGGGCUGCUCUGAUGCUGGACCUUGUGGGGCUCCACGCCUUCUCCCCAAGCUGGUACCAGGUGCUGUGGGCCCUGCCGACAUACCUGCUGGUGACGCUGGGCUGUUACUCGCUGGGAGUCGUCGGCUACCGCUUGGCCACCUUCAACGACUGCCAGGCGGCAUCGCUCGAGCUGCAGGCGCAAAUCCGAGAGGCCCGAGCCGACCUUGCCCGGCGCGGCAUGAAGUUUUGAUCCAGGGCCUUUGCGGGAACAGAAGUGACGUGGGGACGAUAAACAACGGAUGGCCGAUUAUUGAACGCUUUGGGGUGGGGACCGACUGGGGAAUCCAUUCCAGGGAAAAAGAAGAGAGCUGCUGUUUUUUUCCCAAAUAAUUUUUAUUAAAAAUGUUAAACAGGAAUACCAAAUCAGAUUAAGUGAAAA